CUCUGUCACCAGUGGUUCUGCCAGCAAUAUUCCCAGCUCUCAUCAUCACUUUGCUAAUAGUUGCUUAUUGCAGCUAUAAGUAUUUCCUCAGGAAGAAGCAAAGGUGGGAGGAAAAGAUUCCGAACCCCAGCAAGAGUCUCCUGAUCCAGAGCUACCUGGGGGAAGCUGUCAGCCAAUGGCCAGCCAGCCAGGUGGGCUUCAAUGGGCAGAACACUUCUGAGGAGGCGGAACAGAUUAACUACCUUAAAGUGCUGGAUGGGCUUGCAUGCAAGAGUGCUGCUCCUGCAAGUACUGCUUUGCAGACUUGCUUUGCUCUCAAUGGUCCAUACUUGUACAGCCCAGUGAUGUCCUCCCAGCCUGAUAUGCAUCAGACCUUGGCAGUGGACCCAGUGGGAUUCCAUGAGAAAUCAGUUUCCCUUCAGUAUGUGGCCCUGCCAAAGGAAGACUGUCCCCAGGCUCCACAGAAGCAAGAACAGCCAGGAGCAGGUCCUCCACAGCCCUUCCAGCUCCCAAAUUAGAAGGAAACAAUGCAGCACCUUGACAAUGACAAAGAAGUCUCACCGGCUCCACCAGCCUGUGGGAAAACCACGAACGACAGAAGAGAAGAGCAGAAAUCUCCAAAGGCUCUUAGCUGUAUCAUGUCUCCGCAGCAGUGCCCCUUGGAGUACAUCACCACAGAGAGCCUGUUACUGCCACCAGCCAGCAACUCCACCCAUCCGCCACUUGUCGCUACUGGGGAGUUACCUUGUGACUCGCAGGAGCCCCAGUCCCCCAGUGACCACCCUUGCCAUGACUUUUCUCCUGGGAAAACUGGUGUCGUGGUCCCGGUUUCAGGUCAAGCACCAACCUCUUCUCCUGAAUUGCACCUGGAUGUUGGCAAGGAAGACAAUGCACAGAAUAUUGACGUGAUUCAGAUCUUCAGAAUACUGAAGAAAGCUGUUGUGGAAAGGAAAGUAGCCAGCUUUGAGAUUCAGAAAAGCCUGCUGGAGCUGUAG